AUGGCCGAGCGCAGGUACCUGGCCCACUCGGUGUUCUGUGGGCGUCUCUUGUACCUAGCGCAGGUGGUAGUACCACCGCGUAGCUUCAUCAGACAAACGCGAAGUUCUCCGUUCAGAUUCUUCUGGAUGGAGAAAACCGAGCUUGUCACCCGUCAAGUGCUUUCCCUCCCGCGCGAGAAGGAAGGAUGGGGCUUCCCCUGCGUGGAUGGCACGCCCGCGCUACUCCAGCUUAAGACCAUGCUCAUGAUCCUACACGAAGCUGCAAACCCGGCCAGAUCUCUCGCUCUCUACUUCGUGGGGCACUCCCGCCGAGACCUGGGUGUCGACCUCACCGGCCCGUCGGGUGCCUGUGCUGAGACACCACCCCCGGCUUACUGGAAAGCGCUUCAGUUGCAUCGCCGCCUCGUGGAGCAGGCGCCACAAUUGGACAUCACGACAACACCAGCGUCACGUCUCGCCCAGACCCUGUUGGAACCACAGCUCACUCCCGUGCAGAUCGGACUCUCGGAUUCGUUCCCAUGGGUCUGCCUCACCUCCUCCAACCUUCCAGGACACCUUCGAGACUUCGAGUGGCAGCGCGGCUGGGGAGUGCUCCCCACACAAGACCGGCUACUUCGGUGGGGCAUGUGUCGCACCGAUCAGUGCCCGAACUGCGACGACCGAGAGACGAACGUGCAUGUUGUGUCGGAGUGUGUGGUUACGCGCCCGUUCUGGCGGGUGGUUCGCGCUAGUUUCCGGGGGCUGGGUGUUGCAGUGUACCUCCUACGCGGACGCUGUCCUUGGGGGCUUUUCGCGUGCCUUCUGCUCGUCGCGAGCGAGUACGUCCUGUGGCGAAACCGGUGCUGCGCCGUAGGAAAGGGACGGAGGUUGCGCGCGCUCUGGCCGCUUUUGUUCAGGCUACGGCGGGAGCUCGUGUCCCACCUCGAGGCGCAACUGUUCCUUCUCGGG